CUCCGCCCAUCCCCCAUCUCCCAUCGCCUCCCCCUCCCUCCCUCCAGCUCACAACCUCCGCCCCUCCCCUAAUUCGGAGCCAACAAGUCAUACCAAAUCCCGGACUAAGCUUCUAGUUUUGCAAUCUCUGCUCACCAUGAGUUCCCCCUUCGAUAUCAAUGGCGGUGCCUGCGUCGCCAUGGUGGGCAAGGACUGCGUCGCAAUCGCCUGUGAUCUCCGGCUGGGUAUGCAGGCCCUGACCGUCUCCAACAACUUCCCCAAGAUCUUCAACUACGGCCCCUCCACCUUCCUCGGCUUGACCGGUCUAGCCACCGACGUGUCGACCGUGUCGGACCUUUUCCGCUACAAGGUGAACAUGUACCGCCUCCGCGAGGAGCGGAACAUCGCCCCCCAGACCCUCGCCAACCUGGUCAGUUCGUCGCUAUACGAGAAGCGGUUCGGGCCUUUCUUCGUCAGCCCUGUCAUCGCCGGAAUCAACAGCACGACGGGGAAGCCCUUCAUCUGCGGUUUCGACAGUAUCGGGUGUAUCGACUUCGCGAAGGACUUCAUUGUUAGCGGGACGGCUAGCGAGCAGCUAUUUGGUACUUGCGAGGGCCUGUGGGAGCCGGACUUGUCUGCGGAGGAUCUGUUCGAGACCAUCUCGCAAGCCCUGCUCAGCGCCGUCGAUCGAGACGCCCUGUCGGGUUGGGGUGCACAGGUGUAUAUCAUAGAGAAAGACAAGGUCACCAAGCGGCUACUGAAGGGACGUCAAGAUUAGAUAGCAUCGUCCGGAGUAUUUCUGUUUUCUAAUGUCACGCUGUUCGUCUGUUCUAAUGCUACGUCUCUCGACCGGGUCUCGGGAGCCGGAGGUCUCGACUCAAUAAUAAGUGCGGUCGAUAGAGACGGGGUAACCCGAAAUUGAGGAUGGACUACGAAUUUAAACCCUUGAAUCCAUGCAUGCAUGGGCCUAGACGUCUGGCCUGAAUUUUAAGCCGGGCCCAUCGCGGGCCUCCAUGCCUACCUAACCUUGUUCCAUGGAGGGCAGCGUAAC